AUGACUUUCUUCUCUGGAAACAAUACGUCUAGCUCACAUGAAUCUCCUGCAACUCACAGCCGUCGCCCAGGUUUCACUAGACGUAACUUAUUCCACUUCACGCCUAGCAGUGACAGCGAGAGCGAUAGUGACAACGAAAGCGAUAGCGGCAGAACCAUCAGGCUCAGCAGGGGUGUACGGAACUACGGACCCCUCAUACAAAAAGCCACCGAGGCAGUUCGCGGCCAACACGAAGGGAAGGCGCCAAGGAAACCCCUGCAAAAACAUGGCUUGAGCAUACCUUUUGCGAAGCCUGCAGUGAUCAAAGUCAAACCGAGGCUUUUUCCAACCAGCACCUGGGCAGCAAACUCUACAAACAAAGCAUGCUCCUAUAAUGACCUUGGUAGCAGUUCUGGGUCUACCUCAGCAGUCCCAUACGAACCGCUUCAUGACAUUUCAGACAGCAUGGAUGCAGUCAUUAAAUUUAUAGAUGAGCAUACCCUUGGACGAACCAGCGUGAGUGUUGUAAGGCUGGUGAAUCUUAUAAAGAAGUGGCGAGGUACAAUCAACAAAGUCAUAGGUGCCAGUCAAACAGCUGAGGACCGGCGGAUCAAGGGCCUAAAUGCACAACUAGAUUUCGAUCGUGAAGUCGAGCGAGUCCACCAAAACACGGUCAAUGAUCUUCUUGAUCAAGCAUGGUUGGCAAAGGUGCGCAAGAGUGAGCAGGAAUGGCAGAAGAAGAUGGACGUGCAACAGCAAGUGAUCAACUCUCAGCAGCAACCAAACAAAGCCCUCGUCCGACAGUGUGCUACAGAUGCACAAUACCCAUGCUCCCAAGAUAAGACCAGUGGCCGGAUUGAGGAGAUGAACAUGCCCGAGUCAACUCAUAUAGCUGCUACUACGCAACCGGAGACGCCUCAUGCAGACAAAGUCAGCUUCCUCGUUCAGAAGGCGAAGCAUCUGUCCAAUCUCAGCACACAGCCCUGUGGGGUGCACAAAACAAAGGAUGAUGAAAGCGGCCACAAAGAAAACGUUGUGAAGUCAAUGGCGCUGGAAAUGGCAUUGAUGCAGGACGGUACGCAUAUGAGUGGUCAUACAAUCCGUUCAGAGCCUUCAAGUCUGACGCGAGAAGACAAAAUGGUCACCAACAACGAACGGAAUAAUGAUCAUUGGGGAUCAGCUACAUACUCGGGAGAUAGAAUGUCUCCUGGCAAGCACAAGCUGGAAGAUUCUCAUGAAGCCACGAGCAGACUUGAGGAUGCUAAUUGGUCGCGAAAGAGGGCAAGGACUGCUGUGACCAGAUAA